CGCCGAUUUCAGUUAUCGUCGCGACUCCGCGAGGACAACAUCGAGGAUCAUUAAUUCUUCAAAAUCCGUGAUAAGUUGGCUAACAAAUAACAAUAUGCUGCUGAUUAUUUCGUUGUUCAGUGUGAUAUCAUUGACAUUGAGUGCUGGCGUGGGUACAGCGUGGGAUGUGUCGCCAGGUCAGCAAGGACAUACGACCCAUCCAACCUGGCCGAGGGUUGACCUGUCAGCAUUUGAGGUGAGGAGUGUCAGCGGAGUUGGCAAGCUGAUCAAGGACGAGACAGAUCAAGCGAACUCAAAGCGAGAAGCUAAAGAAGUCGAGGAUAUGGGGAGUGACUAUGUCCCGGAGGUUCUUUUCGAUCACCCCGUGUUCAAGGGAGUCCUAAAGAAGCCGAGGAACGAUCCUGACGUCGAAAUGCUGCCAGGACCGUGGGAAAAGUCCCGAAAGCCAAACCGCGUUGGCAGAAACCGACAGGUUUGUCCGGAAAGCCUGGAAGAAGACUUGACCUCUGCAGAGGUUAUUCGGGAGAAGCCUAGGGUACGGAGGAACGCCGAUGAAGAGGAUCGGGUGAUGGAAAAAAUAUCUGGGACGAAAAACGUCAGAGAGCCUAGAUUGAAUUCACCAGAGUCGUGGUCAAAACAGCCGUUGGCCGUUGAAUUCCGUCACAGAACGAAUUUAGACAGCUCUGAAGAUGACUCCAGGGGGAUGAGGCAACAACCCCCGCGGGCGGAUUUUGUCACUCAAAACAGGAGGAGCUAUGCCGAAGGGAGGGAAGCCAGGGCUCUACCGGUUGGAAGAAACUACGAGGAUGUGCCCUACAGAAACUCCCUGAGGGACCGAGACCUGGAUGUGCCUUACUCAAGGGGAUAUUUCUAUCCGGAUCACUUCAGGACCGAGCGUGAAUACCUCAUUCGCGGGGUCAAUGACCCCGGCUUCUCCGCGGACAGGUAUCGUAUCGAGGAUUACGAUAUGUACAGGAAUCGUCCGACACCGAAGCCAAAGAGAAUUAUUUACUACGCGACUCUUCCGGAGAUCGUCAGGAAACCCGUGGAUACCAGGAGGCCUUACGAUUUUCGACCAUACGACACCACGGGGAGGGCCUCAAUGCCUCCGGUCAGGGACACAUACAGGAGACUUCCUGGUAUUGAUUUGAAGUACCCGUACCGGUAUCCUUACGGCCAGGAUUCGUAUGAUCCAUACGGAAAGAGAAAUUAUUGGGAGCGCCCAUACAUGUCUUAUGACAGGAUUGAUGACACCCGCUACAGGGAACAAGACCUGGACCACGCGAGCUUCAAGGAAGUGUUGGGUACCGACGAGGGCCACAGGAGUCCCGUGAAUCCUGUCGAGGGCAGGACCCAGGGCAACCUACCCUGGCCUGUUCAUGUUGGGACUGAACUGAAUGUCAAGGACAAUGAGAGAAUCACUGGGCGCAAGGUUUUUGGACAGCACGACGACUUUGAGCGGUUCCGUCAGAACUCCAGGAUCGAGCGAGAGGGCAACGUAGAUGCUAAGGAUGGGGGCAAUAAUCGGGAUUGAUUGUAGGUUACUGUAGGGGAAUUAUUUAGGGUUUAAGGAUAUUUCGAAUGGAGGGGGUUACCAAUGCUUGAGAUUUUUUUGAUUCGACUACUUGCUGAGGGAGAGGCUGCUCUGGUUUAUGUACGUUAAUCAAUGACUGAACGGAAACAUAAAAUUUUUACUGUUACUGGAGAAGAGUAUUUCCGCGGUUCUUCAUAUAUUUUUAAUUUUUUUGUCAGAGGAUAAUUGUAGCGGAUUUUAUACAACGUUUGUAUCGGACACAGUAUUUUUAUGUAUUCAGAGAAAUAAAUACAUGUGAAUCACA